GUACAUACAGUGGAGUCGUCUUCGGUUAAACGUGUAUUUGAGUUGAAUAAGCAUUCAGAGAAAUCAUGGUGCUGACGCUGUAUAAACUGGAUGCAAGUCCACCAGUCCGAUCUGUGUUAAUGGUUAUUCACGCAGCAAAGAUUCCGGAUGUAAAAUAUGUGGAUGUUAAUUUGUUUACAGGUGACCAUCUUAAAGAAGAAUAUCUGAAAUUAAAUCCACAACAUACUAUACCGAUGUUGACAGAUGACGAUUUUGCCAUAUGGGACAGUCACGCUAUAGCUGCUUAUUUACUGACUAAGUACAGUAAUGACAAAUCUUUAUACCCCACGGAUGCUAAGAAGAGGGCAGUCAUAGAUCAAAGACUGCACUUCGACAGUGGCAUAUUGUUCCCUAGCGGUCGUGGAGCAUUGGAACCGGUUCUCUUUAAGGGUGAAAAGGCUUUCAGACCGGAGGCUUUAGAAAAAAUUAAAUCAGCAUACGAAUUUUCUGAGAAAUUUCUUACAAAUACAUGGAUGGCUGGAAAUGACUUAACAUUAGCUGAUAUAUGUUGCGUUUCUUCAAUUAGUACUCUGAAUGAGAUACUUCCAAUCGACGCUAAAUUAUACCCUCAGCUCACAGCAUGGUUUGAGCGUUGCAAAGAGCAAGAAUUUUAUAAAAAGGGAAAUGAGCCAGGAAUAGAACAAAUACGUGGCGUAUUGAAGAGUAAACUUGGAUAAAAACAUUAAUCUCUAUUUAAAGAAACACAGAUGGGUAGCGGUGCGGGUCGAACCUUGUGAGCACAAAAAGACAAAAAAAUAUUUAGUAUAAGCGAAUAACACGUGUUUAUCCACGGAAAAACGACGGCUUCUGCGCAUGUCAAAAAUGUACUCACGUCUUGUGCCGCUAUUUAUAUACCUGAUCUUAUUUGUCAAUAAACACCAUUUAAUAUGUUAGUUGUAUUUCUCCACAGUAAUUCACCUUAUAACAUUAAUAUUUAUAAAGGUAUAAUUACAAUAAAGUUUUUGGGUUCUCACUGUACUAGUUAUAUUCCACAUAUUUUAUUUUCUCAUCUUCGGCUGCUAAUCAUGCGGUCGCGAGUUCGAAUUUCGGUCCCGCCAAAGUCAGUUAUUGGAUUUCUUCUGCAAAGUGGUAGAGCGGUGGUAGAGCCACGCAGCAGUUUUUGCUGUUGCAUGUAUGGGCCGGCUCGAGCCGGGUUGGUACCACGACCUCACAGAAUACCGGCGUGAAGUAGAAGCUCUGCUUCUGCGUUUCGUCUGGUAAGUGCAGGUGGCCGGAGGCCCAAUUCCCCCCCCCCCCCCCCCCCCGCCCAUCAACAUGGUAGCGGAAUUACACGAUCAACUACCCCAGGAGGGUACCAGAACCCCUGAAGAAUCCCUCGCUGAGCAUCCACGACCAUGUUAUUCCGAUCCUGAGCGUGGGUGCUCAGGCUGCCCCGCGUAUACUGGGGGGGGGGGCAAAAUUCCGCUCAAAAGCAUAACUGCUAAGGGCAAACUGAGCAAUAACACCAAGGCGACCCCUGCCACGCUAUCCGUGAAUUUCUGCAACAUCAGGGGACUUCAUUCUAACCUAAACGCCGUCCACUACCAUCUCGAGACGGCGAAGCCGGCCUUGCUCUUUCUGACCGAGACGCAGGUUUCCUCUCCGGCUGAUAUUUCGUAUCUCUCUUACCCGGGGUACAAAUUGGAGCAUUCCUUUGUGCCUCGGGCUGGAGUUUGCGUGUAUGUCAGAGAGGACAUCUGUUCUUGACGCCUCGGCAGUCUUGAAGGUUCGGACCUGUCCAUACUUUGGCUACGCGUAGACAGCGACAACCAUCCGCGCGUCUACGGGUGCCUCUAUAGGUCCCAUAGCGGUAAUGCCGAAACAGAACGACUCAUCGACCACGUUCAAAUGGCUACAGACUCCUUGCUACAACAGGUCCCAUCCGCAGAGAUCGUGAUCCUUGGCGAUUUUAACGCCCACGACUUUGCCUUGGCAUAUGGUCUGACACAACUGGUUACUUCGCCUACGUGGAUUCCAGAUGUGGAGGAUCAUACACCUUCCCUGUUGGACCUUCUGCUGACCUCUCAUCCGGACGGAUAUCAGGUUUACGUCGAUGCCCCUCUCGGCUCUUCGGACCAUUGUCUGAUCCGGAGUGUGGUGCCACUCACGCUCCCUUCGCGGUUGCGUUCUGCAGGUUGCCGCCGUGUUUGGCAUUACACGUCGGCGGAUUGGGACGGAAUGCGGUCUUUCUUUGCAUCCUACCCAUGGGGGCGGGUUUGCUUCUCGCCGGACGAUCCCAGCGCUGUUGCUGACUCUGUCACUGAUAUGGUGCUACAGGGAAUGGAACUAUUUAUUCCAUCAUCUGUGGUACCCAUCGGAGGCAGAUCUCAGCCUUGAUUUGGUCGCUCCUGUAAGAUUGCAUUACGCAGUAAGCAGGAGUGUUAUCAUGCCUGGGCUGCGGCUUCGGCGACUCGGGAUGUAAAUACCAGCACACUUAAAAAGAAGUAUAACUUCGCUUCCAGGUCCUUCAAAAGAGUUAUUGCCGAGGCAAAGUCAGAGCACAUAGGCAGAAUUGGCGAGAAACUAGUUCACCUUCCUUCGGGAACCCGUGCAUUCUGGUCUCUCGCCAAGGCUGUCCAAGGGAAUUUCUGUAAGCCAUCACUACCAUCUCUGCACAGGGAGGAUGACUCACUGGCACAUGACGCAAAAGACAAAGCCGACCUUUUAGGCUCCCUUUUUGCGUCCAACUCGACUCUUGAUGACGGGGGGAAAACACCGCCGACCAUCCCGCGGUAUGAGUGCUCCAUGCCGGAUGUGCUGUUUUCACAGCGCUCGGUUCGCAAAGCACUGCUCUCCCUGGACAUCCAGAAGUCGAGUGGGCCUGACGGAAUCCCCCAAUUGUGCUGAGGACGUGGGCUCCGGAGUUGGCACCGGUCCUAACGCGUCUUUUCCGGUACUCCUACUCCCAAGGCGUAGUCCCGAAUUCAUGGAAGACAGCUUUUGUCCACCCGAUCCCUAAAAAAGGCGACCGCUCAGACCCAUCCAACUAUAGGCCUAUCGCGAUCACCUCCUUGUUCUCCAAAAUAAUGGAAUCCAUUAUUAACUGCCAGCUCAUCCGGUACCUUGAGGAUCACCAGCUGAUUAGUGACCGCCAAUACGGUUUUCGUCGGGGUCGAUCAGCUGGUGAUCUUCUGCUCUACCUGACCCAUAGAUGGGCGGAGGCAGUAGAGUCCAAGGGGGAGGCGUUGGCCGUUAGUUAGUUAGUCUGGACAUUGCGAAGGCCUUCGAUCGGGUUUGGCACAAAGCGCUUCUUUCGAAGCUCCCUUCCUAUGGGCUUCCCGAGAAAUUGUGCAAUUGGAUCACCAGCUUCCUUGCAGAUCAAGGUCAUCAAACAUCAAGGUCGUUGUAGACGGUGCAUGCUCUGACUACAAGCCUAUUAACGCUGGUGUUUCACAAGGCUGUGUGCUAUCACCAACGCUGUUUCUUCUGCAUAUCAAUGAUAUGUUGCAAGCCAGUAGCAUUCAUUGCUAUGCGGAUGACAGCACUGGUGAUGCUCUAUACACCGGCCGUGCCAAUAUUUCUCGGGAAAACGUCGCUGAGUACCGCAACAAACUUGUGUCUGAAGUCGAGUCUUUGCUGAGCAAAGUCUCGGAUUGGGGGCGACUAAAUCUAGUCCAGUUUAAUCCUCAGAAGACACAAGUUUGCGCGUUUACCGCUAAAAAGAACCCCUUUGUCGUAUCUCCUCAGUUUCAAGACACUUCUCUUCUUGCCUCAGCUAUUAUCGGUAUUCUCGGAGUCGAAAUAUCAAGUGACGUGCAGUGUCGUGGUCACUUGGAAGGGAAGGCCAAAUUGGCCUCUAAAAAGCUUGGCGUGCUCAGCAGAGCGGGACAGUAUUUCAUGCCGGCACACCGCCUGCAACUUUACAAGGCGCAAGUUCGGCCUCACAUGAAUAUUGUUCCCAUCUCUGGGCAGGGGCUCCCCAGUGCCAGCUCCUUCCACUUGACCGCAUCCAACGCAGAGCUGCGCGAAUCGUCGACGACCAAGCCCUUUCCGAUCGGCUCGAUUCAUUGGCACUGCGAAGAGAUGUUGCAUCCCUUUGCAUUUUCUUUCGCAUCUACCAUGGGGAGUGCUCUGAGGAAUUGUUCGGAUUAAUCCCAGCCCCCAAAUUUCACUAACGCACAUCGCGGCAGAACUUCCGAUACCAUCCACACCAUCUGGAUGAUUGGCGGUUCACCACUAUGCGAUUUAGAAGAUGUUUUCUUCCUCGCACGACCUCCUUGUGGAAUCGAUUACCAUCAGCGAUUUUUCCGGACCGAUACGACUUAGGGACCUUCAAGAAAAGAGCGUACUCCUUUUUAAAAGGCCGGCAACGCAUAUGCGAUUCCCCUGGUGUUGCAGUUGUUCAUGGGCGGCGGUAGUCACUUACCAUCAGGUGAGCCGCAUGCUCGUUUGCCCCCUCUCCUAUAAAAAAAAAAGUGAUUCUCAGCAACAACCUGUAUUAAGUAAUUUGGCGGUGUUUGAGCCACGUGCCUCGGAAAGCAUGUAAAUUGUAAAGCCGUUGGUCCUGCAUCGGGUAUCUCUCUGGUCGUGUCGGGUUUCCGGAAUGGAGAUUGAACCUGUGUUUGCGCGGUCUGUAGGACAUUAUUUUUUUUUUCAAAAUCUACUGCAUAAUUAGGCCAUCUUAUAGUAUGGUGUAUAUGUAAAGGUUACCUGACAUUGCCGGAGCAAUGGUCGAGCAAAUAAGUACAAAAGCAGGGAGAAUUUUAAAAUAAACAACGUAAGUCCAACGUAUCGAAGUAUCAGCGGGCACCGGCUGGGGCGGGCGCAGCAUAUUAUAUAAAUAAAAACGAAUUUAGUACAUGUUGUGUUCUCAGCAUAACCCAAGUUUUUUCAUUUGGUAUUGAUGGUGUUUUGGCGGGCACUGGCCGAGGCGGGCACGAGCACUUGAACUGUCCGAUUUUAUGUAUUUAUUUAUAACAAAAAAGUAAGAAAAAUAUAUAAAAUUUAUUGUCAAUAUGACCUAAAACAUAAUAAACCUUUUUAUUUAUUACAUGAGAAUGUCUCGACUUA